AUGAUAUCGGAUUUAGCAUUCGGAAUAGGGGUUAAAAUCCCUCAGUCCAAAGAGGAAUCCCAAUCACUUGUAAAGGGAUUUAAAAGUGAUAAUCUGGUUAUUGACGAAAUAAUCGAUACACCUAAUAAAGAAAUUGGUGAAAUGAAUACAUAUUCUCUAUGUUCAUCUUCACCUUCUUCUGGAUUAAUGAAUUUAGAAGAAAUUCAAGCCAAAUUUUGGAUGGAAAUCAAUCAAAUACCUAGCAAAUUUAGCUUUGAUAGCACUGAUAAAUUACUUUUGGAAAGAAGUGAAGCAGAAAAACCACGCCAAAAGAGAAAAUAUGUUAGGAAAGCAAAAUUAAUGGAAGAGCUAUCAGAUGAUGAAUUUGAGAAUAGACAAAAGAUGUUCGUAGUAGAUAAAAAUGCAACAUUAAGCCAGUUAAUCGAUGAAACUAUUGUUGAUAGUAGGAAACAAGCCAAAAGACUUCAAAUUAAAGAAGAACUUAAAAACAAAGGAAAUUUUACUAGCGAUGAUACAGAAAGCCUAAGCAGUUUUUGUAACUAUAAGUCUGAAACGUCAGAAACAGUAGAAGCAAAACCUAGUACUUUCCAAUCAUUACUCCGUAAAAAGUGUGUAAAUAUGAAAAACUGCAUGUGGGAGAGCCAAGAAUUAGAUAAAUUUUAUAAUUUGCUUGAGUUUAUUGGUGCUGAUUUUUCACUCAUCUCUUCCUUUUUAAAAACAAAAACGAUUGGCCAAAUAAAGAAAAAGUACCAUCAAGAAUUAAAGAAGAACCCAAAUAAAAUCAAUGAAGCUCUGAAGAAGCAAUCUUUCAAAGUAGGUUCUAAUAACUAUCAAUAUCUCCUUGACCUGAACAAACCCCAACAAAAUUAAAUCCCUGAUUCGAUAGAUGAUUUGAACGAAUAAAGGAUUUAAUUCCGAUAACAGGCCCUAUAAACUGCUUAAAUGAUAAUGAUGAAGGGUGCCAUCAUUAAGAUUAUAUAUAUAAUUUAGGUUUAUAGGUUUAGAAAUUGGGGAUUCUCUUUUAAUUUUAUUAGUUACAAUACAGAUUCUACUAGUUGCAAUAUACUUGCUACUUCUGUUAGCUUUAGCUCUUUUAUUCCUCUAUCACAACUUUAAAUGAGUUGUUAAUUGAAUUUAUUAUUUACUUUGUUGAUUUAAAUGCUUAUUAAGACGUCUAUUGAUAUUUAAUUGGCAUUUUAAAGGUCUUAAGUAAAUAAAUAUAUUCUAUAAAUGGGUUUUUAAAUACAAACGUAAAUUCUGAACUAACUUUAAAUGAAUUAAAUGUAAUUGUUAGCUUCAAAAACCCAUGAAUUCGCUUUAAAGAGAUAAGAAUAGUAACCCUCGCAAUUCUUUAACACAAACAAAGGAAUUAUGACCGUUUCUAUUUUUAUUUUUGUAAGGCAUGUACUGUAAUAAUUUAAUGAGGAAUCAAAGAGAUAUUAGCAGUAACUUUAGCACCCUAUGUUAUACUCUAAAGAUUUAUUUCAGCUUUAAUCAUUUGUAAAAUUGGCUUUUAGUUCUUAAGGUAAGUUUUUAAUUCUUAUUAUACUAAUCACACCUCCAAUAAUAGCUAACCUUUAUACUACAUACUUUAAUCUAAGAAAAUAUAUCUAUUAGCAAAAACAAAUAUAAAGAAGUAUUCAUAAGGUUGAUAAUACUUAAUCUUAAGUCCAAAAAGACAAAAUUAAAAGUGAUUUGACUAAAAAAUUAAAUCUAUCUUCUUUAAGCUAUCUCUAUAAAUCUAUUUUAUUUAUAUCAUCUCUAUGUGCUAUUGUAAUUGUAAAUGUCUUUAAACAUCAUUCAUAAAAUAAUAUUUUUUAUUUUUUAAUUAUGUGUGAUAGAUUAUAAAUCAUAUUUGAAUAAGCUAAAAUUUAAAAUUUUAUAAAAUAUGAACUACCUACAGCAAAUUCUCAUUAAUUAUGA